AUUGUCUUUACGAGUCACGCAUGAUGUCACUUUUCAAAAGAAAAGACAUACCUGUUAAUUAAUAUAUUACUUUUAUAAUCAUUGUAACAUUGUCUGAGGACUUUAAAAGAAGUGUUGUCUCAAAGUGAAAUUGUUUGUAUCUACUAUUUAAAGUUACUUAAAAAUGGGAAAAGGUAUAGGGACUGGUGAUGGUGUCGGUAGAGGGUCCGGACAUUAUAAAGGAAAGAGUGAUCGGAUAGCGGUACCAGCGAUGCCAUUACCUAUGGCUCUCAUUUGUUGUGUACUUAACUUCCUGAUUCCAGGUUUGGGUACCGCUAUUGCUGGAUUAAGCGCUUUUUGCUGUUCAAGAAAUGAAGAUAUGGACGGCCUGGAUAGGUUGUUUAGCUGUGGUGUCAAUGUUGGUAUAGAGACAAGUCUUGAAAUGAUUGAAGCUGCUAAAAUGAUUUAUCUUAUUAAUACACUAGAUUUAAGAAAAAAUCUGUAAUGUUUCUUAUUCU